AUGAACACGAAAGAAUAUAUCCAAGAUGUUUUCCUGAACUUAUGGGGCCCGGUUGGAUUUUUGAUAAUAUCCCUUACUUAUCUUCCCGGCACCAUUCUUUUCCUUCUCACCUCGUUCAACGUCACUGCUCUUAGUUCUGUUGAUCGAAUUAAGGAUGCUUGGUUUGCACGAUUUUGGGCCGUUCAUGGACCGCUGGUGAGGGAAAAUGCUAGUGAGAAUGCAGAGCCUAUUAUUAAGGAGGCGAGGGGUAUCGUGUUGGAUAUUGGUCCUGGGAGUGGUGAGUGGUUGCAUGUCUUUGAUAAGUCUAAAGUCACCAAGAUUUAUGGUGUAGAGCCAAAUCGUGAUCAUUAUGAUGGGUUGAGGAAGAGAAUUAAGGAUGCGGGUCUUACGGAUAUCUAUGAGAUUGUAGAAUGUGGAGUCGAGGGAUUGACGAAAUGGGGGAUUGAGGAUGAGAGUGUGGAUUCGGUGGUUACGAUUCAGUGUUUGUGUAGUGUUGGGGAGCCCGAGGAAAUGAUUAGGAAUUUGUAUAAAAAAUUGAAGAAGGGAGGUAUCUGGGCGGCUUUUGAGCAUGUGGUUACGAAGCAGGAUGGUUGGAUCGCGAAGUAUCAGUCUUUCUUGGAUAUCGUUUGGCCUCAUUGUUUGGGUGGAUGCUCGAUUACGAGGGAUACGGAGAAGUCUUUGAGAGAAGUUGGGAAGUGGAGUAAGAUAGAUUUGAAGCAGCCGGCGGCCGAGCCUUCUUACAAAGUUGUUCCUCAUAUUAUGGGAGUAUUGCAGAAGUGA